AUGCAAGAAAUUGGAGGGUCAGGUGAUAAUUCUUGGAAGAUACUGUGGAAACUGAAGGUCCCUCCAAAGAUCAAGGUUUUUUGGUGGCAGGUAUUAAAUGAAUUCAUCCCAGCCAAGGAUAUUCUGAAUCGUCGUCAUAUUGAACCAGUUGGUUUCUGUGAGUGGUGUGGAAGCCAAAGGGAGACAAUCAAGCACAUCUUCAUGGAUUGCACUACUGCCAGGGGUUUCUGGCGCGAGACAAAAGCUCUAACAGGUGUGAAGCUCCCUUCGCUACAUCCCUUGACUUGGGCAAGUGAUAUUUUUCAAGAUGAGGUUUGUUCAGAACGUGAUCGUUGUGUCAUCAUUAUUGGAAUGUAUGCUCUCUGGACACAACGCAACAGGAAAGACCACGGGGAGCAACAGCUGCCACUGCAGAAAGCUGUACAAUGGGCGGUGGAUAUGGCCCAUGAUUUUUGGCAGACCACCAAACAAGCUAUGCAAAGGACGAUCGGGUUUUCUAAACCAACAUGGAGGACACCACCGACAAGUUGCAUGAAAUGCAAUGUGGAUGGGGUGUUUGAUCCAAGGACUGGCCAGGGGGCAACCGGUGCUGUUCUUCGGAAUCACAGUGGUAGCUUUGUGAGUGGAAGAGCGAGAUGGUACCCGUAUGGCCUGGACUCACUAGCGUUGGAAGCAUUAGCCUGCAAGGAUGGGGUACUGCUGGCUGCGGAGAGGGGUGUCCAACGUCUGCAGGUUGAAACUGAUAGCUAG